AUGACAGUGACAAUGCAGCGAUUAUGUGAUCAUGAUAGUGACAGUGAUGAUAAGAGUGACAAUGACAGUGAGUAUGACAGGAAUCAUGAUAGUGACAGUGAUGCCCUCAGCUGUAAUGAGAAUGACUGCGACCCCCUGGACCGUGACUCGCACUACAGCUCCGGCCAGAAGUCCAAGCGCAUGAGGACGUCCUUCAAGCAUCACCAGCUGCGGACCAUGAAGUCCUAUUUUGCCAUCAACCACAACCCUGAUGCCAAGGACCUGAAACAGCUUGCCCAGAAGACAGGCCUUACCAAACGGGUUCUGCAGGUCUGGUUCCAAAACGCCCGGGCAAAAUUCCGACGGAACCUCCUGCGCCAGGAAAACGGCGCGGCGGACAAGGCAUCGGAUGGAUCCACGCUACCGGGUGGGUCACCCUCUGGCCCCGCCUCUGAGAUCUCCAAUGCCUCCCUGAGUCCCUCUAGUACACCCACGACCCUCACGGACCUCACCAACCCUACCAUGCCCCCCACCGUUACCCCAGUGCUGACCUCUGUGAGCGGGGGCCUGGACCUUCACGACUCCAGAAGUCCCCCCCAGACGACUCUUACCAGUUUAUUCUGAUAUCACCUGAUUCCUUCUUCGAAGACCUUCAAGGAAAUGUACUGUAAACAAGACAGUUAAAAAAAGCAUAACGUUAUAACGUUAAAAUAUGACCACAUCUCUUAGUUUUGUCCCAAGCCUAUUUCAAAAUCUUUGUAUGUACGGCUACUAAGCCUAACAGAAAUUUUAUUUGGUUUCUUCUUUUCUGA